CUCCAUUGUGCCCAUGUCUCUUCUCCCAAAUUCUUUCCCCAUGCUUUUUCUGCUCUGUUCAUUGUCUUGUGCUCACCCAAUCACCACCACUGGCAUAAACACACACAACACAGGCACACAGAUCAACUUUAGUCUUCUUGUUGAGGUUAUUUUUAAACCCAGGUUUAAAAUAAGUAAUAUAAAUAAACAAAUAAAUAAAUGAACAGGAUAUUUUUUAAUCAGCUGAAUUUUUUAAUUGAUAAAUUUGACAUGUUACAUUUUGUAAAAUCAAGGUGUAUAGCACUAAAUUUAAGAUGUAUGGCACAUUACUUUGGUACAUCUAUAUAUUGUAAUAUAAUUGCCAUUGAAUCAAUAUUUAUCACAUUAUAUCAUUAUAGCACAAUAUUAUUGUCUAUACUCAUUAGCUCUCCACGGCUUAUUUACUACUAGUUACACAUUUGUAUCCUUAUACACCAUCAGUCUUAUCUCCCAUUUUCAUCCCCUAAUCCCCACCAUUUCACUCUUGGAUUUCUUUUUUAAACAGGCUUGACUUUUUUAGAUUACACAUAUUAGUGAUAUCAUACAGUGAUGUCUUUGACUUAUCUUGCUUAGCAUAAUGUACUCAAGGUCCAUCCAUGUUGUUGCAAAUGGCAGGAUAUCCUCCUUUCUCAAGGCUGAAUAAUAUUCCCAUUGUGUAAAUAUACUACAUCUUUUUACCCAUUCAUGUGUUGGUGGGCCUUCAGGUUUUUUACAUAUCUUGGUUACUGUGAUUAAUGCUAUAAACAUGGAUGUGCAUAUAUCUUGUUGAAAUGCUGUUUUCAUUUCCCUUGGGCAGACCCACAAAAUUGAAUUGCUGAAUUGUAUGGUAGAUAUAUUUUAAAUUUUUUGAGGAAAGUCCACAUUGUUUUCCAUAGUGGUUGGACUAAUUUUACAUUCCCAUCAACAGUGUACACGGGUUCCCUUUUCACCCCGUUCUUGCCAGAACUUGUUCCCUCGUCUUCUUGAUAAUACCGAUUUUAACAUGUAUGAGGUGAUAGCUCAUUGUGGUUUUUUACUUGCAUCUCCCUGAUGAUUAGCGAUGUUGAGCAUCUUUUCAUGCGCCUGUUGGCCAUUUUGAUGUCCUCUUUGGAAAAAUGUCGUUUUAGUCUUUCUGCCCAUUUUUGUUAUUGUUGUUGUUUUUAAGUUGUAUUAGUUCUUUAUUUAUUUAGGAUAUUAACCCCUUAUCCAAUAUAAGGUUUGCAAAAAUUUUCUGCCAUUCCGUAGGCUUCUUUUUCAUUUUGUUAAUUGUUUCUUUUGCUAUAUAAAAGCUUCUGAGGUUGAAGUAGUCCCGUUUAUUGAUUUCUGCUUUUUAUUUGCAUUUAUUUUGCCUUUGGCAUCAUGUCCAAAAAUCAUUGCUAAAACCAGUAUCAAUGAUCAUCUUCUCUGUUUUCUUCUAGACGUUUUAUGGUAUCAGAUGUUGUGGUUAAGUGUGAUCUAUUUCAAGUCAAUUUUUGUGAAGGUGUGAAAUCGGAGUCCAAUUUCAUUGUUCUACAUGUGUUUCUUCAGUUUCUCUCAGCACCACAUGUUGAGGAGACUAUCCUUCCCCCAUUGAGUGCUGUCUCUCCCUUGUCAAAUAUUAGUUGACCAUAUAUGCCAAGAUAGAAUUCUAAGCUUUCUAUUGUGUUUCAUUGCUUUGUGGGUCUAUUUUUGUGCUAGUGCCAGACUGUUUUUCUUACUAUGGCUUUGUAGUAUAGUUUGAAACCAGAUGUGUCUGGCUUUAUUCUUCUUUCUCAAGAUUACUUUGGCUAUUUGAGGUCCUUGUGGUUCCACACAAAUUUUAGGACUGUUUCUUCUAACUUCAUGAAGAGUGCCUUUGGUAUUUUGAUAGGGAUUGUGUGUAGUAUGUAGAUAGCUUUGACUAGUGUGGCCAUUUAAACAAGAAGACUUAUUUUUCUGAUCUUUGAACAUCUUUCCAUUUGUUUGUGUCUGCUUUGGUUCCAUUCAGAAAAGUCUUAGAGUUUUCAUUGUACAUUCUUUCACUUCCUUGGUUAGAUUUAUUCCUAAAUAUUUUAUCACUUUUGAUGCUGUUUUGAUUGGGAUACUUUUGUUUGUUUCUUUUUCCAGUGCUUCUUCAUUAGUGUAAAGGAAUGCCACUGGUUUCUGUAAGUUGAUUUUGUAACCUGCCACUUUACUGAAACUUGAUUAAUUCCAACAGUUUUUUUUAAUGAUUUUUUGAGAUUUUCUAUAUAUAAGACCAUGCUGUCAGCAAAUAAUGACAAUUUUACUUCUUCCCUCCCAAUUUGGAUAUCCUUUAUUUCUUUGUCUUGUCAAUUGCAUUAGCUAGGACUUCCAGUACUAUAUUGAAUAGUAGUGGUGAGAGUGGGCAACCUUGUCUUGUUUCUGAUCUCAGAGGAAACCCUUUCAAUUUUCCUCCAUUUAGUAUAAUGUUAGGAGUGGGUUGGUUGAAUAUGGCCUUUAUUACACUGAGGUAUGUUCCUUCUACACCCAAUAUUAAGUGUUGUUAUCAUGAAAGGAUAUUAUAUUUUGUCAAAGGCUUUUUCUGCAUCUAUUUAUAUGAUGUUUAUCUUUAAUUUUUCAUUUUAUUGAUAUGAUGAAUUGCAUUUAUUGACUUGCAUAUGUUGAACCAUCCUUGCAUCCCAGGGAUAAAUCCCACUUGGUCAUGGUGUAUAAUCCUUUUAAUGUGUUCUUAAAUUCAGUUUGCUCAUAUGUUGAGAAUUUUUGCAUCUAUAUUCAUUAGGGAUAUUGGUCUGUAGUUUACUUUUCUUGUGGUAUCCUUAUCUGACUUUGCUAGCAAGGUAAUUCUGACUUCAUAGAAUGAGUUCAGACAUAUUCCUCUUCCUUGAUGGUUUCAAAGAGUCUGAGGAGGAUUGGUAUUAAUUCUUCUUUAAAUGUUUGAUAGAAUUCAUCAGUGAAGCUGUCUGGUCAUGGAGUUUUCUCUGUUGAGAAUUUUUUGAUAACUGACUCCAUCUCUUGACUCAAUAUUAAUCUGUUCAGAUUUUCCAUUUCUUCCUGAUUCAGUCUUGGUAGGUUGUGUAUUUCUAGAAAUGUAUCCAUUUCUUCAGGUUAUGUAUCUGGUGGCACAUAAUUAUUCAUAGUACUCUCAUAACCCUCUUGUUUUUCUGUAGUAUCAGUUGUAAUGUCUCCUCUUUCAUUUCUAAUUUUAUUUAUUUGCAUCUUUGCUCUUUUUUGUAGUUUAUCUUUUCAAAGAAUCAGCUUUUAGUCUUAUUGAUCCUUCCUAUUGUGUUUCUGGUUUCCAUUUCAUUUAUUUCUAUUCUCUUUUUUUAUUUCCUUCCUUCUAACUUUGAGCUUAAUUUGCUAACUUUGGGCUUAAUUCAUUCCUCUUUUUCUAGUAUAAAGUUAGAUUCUUUAUUUGAGAUCUUUCUAGUUUCACAAUACAUGCAUUUAUUACUAUAAACUUCCCUCUCAGAACUGCUUUUGCUGCACCCUACUGAAUUUUUUUAAAAAACAACCAAUAAAAACAGAAGUGAAACCAGUUUUUCACUUCCUGUCUAAAGUAUAAAUUCACGUUCCCCUCCCAUGCAGAGAGCCAGAGUCUGUACUGGAGAUGAGUCACCAUCCUACCAGACUCAGGGAAGGAACAUACUCUACCUUCUACAGUCUCUUUCAAGAAACCUGAAGACAGGAGCUUGACCUCAAGGACUCAGCAAGUGUGAGCAGUGUGUUAUAAACACUCCUAGGGUGUUUAUACUUCAAAGACCUGGCAAUAUUUACAUCUUCACGAGACAGAGAAAGAAUGCAAGUUUAUUCCUAAGAGUUUGAGGGUACAUAUGUCUACUAUCAGAAAUCCAGCCAUGGCCGCAGCAGAGCCCACCCCUGAUGAGCCCCUGCACAGAGACGAAAGGAUGCAAGAUCUCCAAGAGAUGCUGAGAGAAGCAGGGCUGGCAGUUGAGUACUGGCUGCCCAAGUUGCAGGAACACCUGGGUGUGACCUGUGCCCAGGCCUUACAACACCUAGAAGAAAAAGACCUUCAGAAGCUGAAAUCCCAGGCACGAUAUCCCUGGGAGAAGAGAGCCCUGGGGAAGCUCCUUAACCUAUCACAUUCAAAUAGCCUUUCAGAGUUACAGGAGUCUCAGGUAGAAAUAAUAAAGAAAAAGAAAAAGCAUGCUCAGCAGGCAUUACAGGAGCUAAGAGACUUGUUGUCAGAAGGGAGACAUCGACAGGAAGAAACAGUAAGAGAAAAAGAAGCACAGCUAAGGCAGGCAAUGGAAAUCCCCAAAGAGUACUGGCCACCUCCCGAAAGGUGCCUAAAAGAAGUCAUGGAAAACAUGCAGACACAACUGAAUCUCAUGGAUAGGACACUGUCUCACAGACAAAACCUCUCAGAUAGUGAUCUGGUAAGAUGGGCAUCUGGAGGGCUAGCCCUGCAGGGAAUUUACAAAACCAGUUACCAAAAGGACCUUAUGGAGAAGAGAGAGGAGUUGCUUGGUGUCCCCAAGGAGUUCUCAGUCUCUGGCCCUGAGCAGGGCACACGGAUGGAAACAAAGGAGUUUACAUCUUCUCAAGCAGAAUCCAUGUUCAUCCAGACCAUAGAGAAGCUGGGCUUCAGUGCAACUGCUUCAGCAAAGGGUGGAGGUUGCGGAUUUAGCUUAGAAGCUGGUAUGGAUCACAGCAAACAUUCAAAAUCCAAGGAAACCCAACAAUCACAUUCUGAGCACUCUUAUUUCUGCUCAACCAAGUUCAGCUACAUUCCUUUGGCCUCCUGCCAUUUUCCCAUUGAUCAGCUCCAGUUUUCCAAGGGUGCUCUCCAAGAAUUGAAAGGCAUUGAAGACCUGCUGGGCCAGCCAGCAGGCCCAGACAGACUCCCCUUGCUAAGGAACAGGACGGAAGCUUUCUUCCACAGGUUUGGUUCCCAUGCUAACCAGGGCCCUCUGCACCUGGGAGGAAUCUAUUGGUGGAAAGCCAUUUCAGAGGGCUUCCAAAGUGAGCAGCUGGCAGAAGUGAAACAACAGUCAGCAGAGGCCCUCAGUAUUUAUAUAAGAGGCUGUUACAGUGGAUUUGGAAUGAAAGUUGCUGCAGGUUUGGAUGUGUCUGACUCUCAUUCAAAACCAGUCUCUCAGAGCACAACCUUCUCAAAUCUCCACACCAAAGUCCAAUUAUCUGUGGCCCAGACAGGUGGCCCACCAGAAGCUAAUGGCCUCUUCCAGUGGAAAGCUGGCCUAGUUGCCAGUAAUCAAACCUGGUGUGUCAUUGACCAGGGGUUUCAGCUGGUUCCCAUUUGGGACAUCAUCCUUUCCAGCCACAAAACUGAUUUUAAGCAUCCUUUUCAGAUAGCUAACUUCCUGAAAGACAACUACACUGCUCUGACUGGCCUCCCUGCCCAGAUCAAGAAUGGGGAAGAAUUACUGAGUGCUGGGAGGGAGGCUCAGGUUUUCCUAGAGGAUGUGAAAUCCUGGGAGGUAUCUGAUCCUGAAGAGCAGCUUAAAAAACUGUUAAGUUUCAUGCAAAUGCUGAGUCAAAAAGUAAAGAGUUAUGACACUUGGAUUAACAUAUGCCUUACAAAUUGGGAUCUGCAGAAUUUUUUGGUAAACACUGUCAACUUUUGCAAAAAGUCUUCCAUUUAUAAAACUAAAUUUAUUAAAUCUCAGUUGUGUAGCCUUUUGGAUCCUCAUGUCUACAAAGUGACAAAUUUUCCUCAGGCUCAUUCCAUCAUGCAGUGGAUCUUUCAGUCAGAGUCAGAGCAAGAGCAUGUCAAUAUCUCCCAAUUUUCUGAAUUAAUUAAAAUCUUAAAAGAAACCCAGAAUGACCUCAUGGAAGUGAAGGCCAGAUCUGAGUCCCCAGAAACAGUGGAGGAAGCUCAAAGAAAGGCCACUUAUAAGGUCAGCUUGUCUCUUGGCUGCUUCUUGAAUUACCUUCAAGAAACAGAGCAGCCAGACACACAGCUCUUGAUACUUUCUAUUGCAGCUGGUGCAGGAUAUCAUGUGACAAACAAUACUUUUCAGUAUAUCCUGGGAUGUGAUGAGUUAGACUUUCUUCUGGAUGAAAUGCAAACUGCCCAAGAUAAGUACCAGGAACUCAAAAAUAUUUGCAGCUGCAGGGCUCAGGCGUUCCUGGUGCUCACAGGUCUGACAGUGACUGCUGGAGUCACAGCUGUUUCUCCAGAGGAGAAAACACAACGCUUGGCAUUCAUAAAACAGCACAUGGGACAGUCUUUGUCCAAAGAAGUUGUAUAUGUACUCACCAAACUUGGAGCAGAUCAUGACUGGGAAAACCUAGAAGAAGACUUGAGAUUGCUCAUUGGUGGAAAUUAUGAAGUCACCAUCUCUUCAUUGCAAAUGGAUGAGGUGAGAAAACAUUUGCAAAGUAUCUUCCAUGAAAAGAAACAGAGCCACAACCCACAUGAUAAUGAAAAUAACAAAUGGGAAGUCAUAGAAAAUGAAGCCUUCCUGGAAUUACUCCAGCGUCUAGGCCUAGAACAUUACUACCCAAAAAAAAUGAGCAGAGCCAACUUCCAUCUGAUCUGCAAGAUUUCUGUGUAUAACACCCAGCCCAACUCUGAACAGGAGCUUCCCUUCUACUUCCUGCAAAAGCUACUGAUGCUAGAUUAUGGGCUGAGAUACCUGAUCCUCAAAGAUGAUGGAAACACAGAGAAUCAAGUUUAUCUAAGUGCCUCAAGUCAGAAAAAUGAGACUUUUGAUCCAUAUGAAGACAUUUUUGAAGACAGAGUUAGUCCCACUAAUCCUUCAGCCACUACUGCCAGAUCCCUAAUUCACCCUAUGGAUAUUCAGAUGGCAAUUCUUCACUGUGCAGAUGAUUUUGCCAGACAAUAUAUUUUGACCAAACUUUCCAUUUGUCAGUUUGCCCUCCCCCUUCUUGUACCUAAUCCCUGCAAAUCUCAAAUCGAAUUCUCUCUCUGGUCUCUCAGGCAAAUCAGGAGAAGCUGGCAGCAAGCAAGGAAAUUAACAAAAAAGGAGAAGAACAAUUAUAAGGAUCAGCAGAUGUGUCGUGUCUCUACCCCCAUUGUGUCCUUUAUUAGAGUUGGAAAUGGCUUCUCUGCUUCCAAAUCUCAGAUCAUGAACUGUCUUCUCAGUAAACGUAAACAUGAUAUCUUUUUUCACAGACAUUGCAGAGGGAGCAGCCAAGACUAUCUCUUGAUGGGGGGCGUGGUGGAAAUCUGCUGGUUCUGUCCUGGAGGAGAAGAUGAGGACAGAUUUGGCAACUGCUUGACCUUCACCAAUCUUCAUGGAAAUGCACAGGAAUAUAAGAAGCAACUCAACUUCCUGCAGGAGGUCUCUUCUCUCAUUGUGGUCCUCAUAUCAACUUCUGAUGACAAUAAAGAAAACCGAAAAAUGGUCCAUGACCUGUGUCAGUCAUCAAAACCUUUGAUCUGUUUGCUUGAUGACAAAGAAAACACCAUGGCCAAUAAUUCUGGUCAAAAAGUAAAAAUUGGGAUCAGGAACAGAAAUCAGGCAGAAUUAACAGAGGAGCUCACAACUACAAUCAGACAUUUGCUAAAGCUCUCUGACACUGCUCUCAGUUUAGAGGAUUGUGCCCAGAUUGCUCGUAAGCAAGGAUUCCUUAUUGAUGAAGACCACAGAGAUUGCAAGGAAGCCAAAGAAAAGGCAGAAAUUCUAAUGACCCUACUGGGAGAAAUGAAGAUAUCUCAGAUGAAAGAAAAAUUACUACCACUUCAGGGACAACUGUGGCGCCUUUGGUGUAAAAAGGACAAAGAACUCUAUCAUCUGAGAGAAAAGGGAAAUCGGAGCAUUGAACAACACAAGAGCAGUAUUGAAACAGAUAAACAAAAAAUACGGCAUCAACAAUUGGCCAGAGCCUUUCCUUUCAAUGAAUUAAUGCAAUCUGUCCUUGAAAUUAUCCAAAAACAUUCAGAAACUCACACCAAACUCUACUUCUUACAAUGGCUGAGUAUGUUUUUGGAUAACCUGACUGCAAGACACUUGGAAAAACUGAAUGAAAAGAAAAAGUCUUUGUGGUCACUGAUACAAACAGAAAAGCAAAAGGCACAAAAGAGCAAUUACCUUAAAAGAUGGCAAAAUGAGAUAGAAGCUAUUUCCACAGAGAUUAGUGAUUGUACCUUGGGAAUUGAGCAACUUCUCAGAGAAGUUGGACAGAUCUAUGAAGCUCUGGAAGAAGCUUCCUCCACAAAAGAUAACCUCUUUCUCUCCCUUCCCCAGAUUGCUGCAGAUCUAAUGAUAUCUGGUGUUCCCAUUGAGCUGAUGGAUGGGGAUGCUUCAUAUGUGCCUCUCAGGUGGGUGGCAGCUAUUUUUGACAAGGUCUCUGAGAAACUUGGAGACAAACGGCUGUUUGUUCUCUCUAUCCUUGGCCUACAGAGCUCAGGGAAGUCCACCCUGCUGAAUGCCCUUUUUGGGCUGCAGUUCACUGUCAGUGCUGGGAGGUGUACCCGGGGGGCCUACAUGCAGCUCCUGAAGGUGGAGGAGACUUUCACAGAGGAACUCGGCUUUGACUUUGUGCUUGUUGUGGACACAGAAGGACUUCGGGCCCCAGAACUGAGCAACAAAUCCCAGAAUCAUGACAAUGAGCUGGCAACCUUUGUCAUUGGACUUGGAAACUUGACUCUAAUCAAUAUUUUUGGGGAAAACCCAUCAGAAAUGCAAGAUAUUCUACAGAUAGUUGUCCAAGCCUUUUUGAGGAUGAAACAAGUAAAAAUCUCUCCAAGUUGCCUCUUUGUCCAUCAGAAUGUGGGGGAAGUUACAGCUAAAGACCAAACUAUGGAAGGACGAAGGCGACUAGAGCAGAGACUAGAUGAAAUGGCAGCCAUAGCAGCUAAACAAGAGCAGUGCUCAGAUGUAACCCGCUUUAGUGAUGUCAUUAAGUUUGAUGUCAAUACUCACAUCUACUACUUUGCUCACCUCUGGGAUGGCAAUCCCCCAAUGGCACCCCCCAACCCUCGCUACAGCCACAAUGUCCAGGAACUGAAAAGUAGAAUUCUUCUGACUGCCAGAAAGGAAUCUAGAGGAGGCAUCAUGAAGAUAUCAGAAGUAAAAUUCCGAGUUCAAGAUUUGUGGAGAGCCCUGGUUAAUGAGAACUUCAUUUUCAGUUUCAGGAAUACUCGAGAGGUUAUGGCCAUGAGCAAAUUGGAAACCAUGUAUAACUACUGGACCUGGGAGCUGAGGAGUCAUGUGCUGGGCUUGCAGAACCAGUUGAUCAACCAGAUCCAGAAUGGAAAAAUCCAAACAUUCAGAAAAAGCACACUUGAGGCUCCAGUUACAGAAAAAUAUGAAGCUAUCAAGCAAGAACUUGAAAGAUAUUUUAAUGAAGAUCCAGAUAGCGAAAUACUAGUUCAAUGGAGAGCAAAUUUUGAAAAUAAGCUAAUAAUCCUUAAAGAAGUACUUGUUUUAGAUAGCCAAAGAAAAGCCAAUGAACUCAUUAGUUUUAAAAAAAGUCAAGAAAAACUGGAUAACAAAAAGUCAGGUUAUGAAAAGGAACUACUGGAAAAAAGCCGAACGUUGGCUUUAACUGUAAAGGGCACAAAAUUGAGUGAGGAAGAACUAUAUGAGAAAUUCAAUCAACUUUGGGAAAAAUGGGUCUAUGCUGUAUCUUCAACUCUCCCUCCAGUCACAGAGCCUGACAUUGAUGUGGAUUCUGAAAACAUCCUUUUGGAAUAUUUCAAAAAGGAGACAAACAUGGUGAACAUAUUGAAGAAAAAAUCUGGAGAAAAGUUUCAAAUCAAAUACGACAAACAUGUCAAAAUGAACAUGAAAUAUUACAUAAUUACAAGGCAAUUAACGGACCAUGACAAAGCAUCCAUAGAUAUGACUACUGGCCGCAUUGUUUCAAGAGUUAAUGAAACUAUUAACAACAUUUGGAUGCAACAGUGUGACUAUAAUCCAAGUAAUUUCCAUGAAAUCCUGAAAAUAAUAGAUGAGGAGGCGAAAUCUGCACCCAAUGAGGAAAGGUACACAUUUACAAGUAAAUAUGAAAUUGACUUAUCAUUGUGUUUGUUCCAAAAAGCAUCAGAGAAUUUUAAGGAGAUGCACAAGGCAUUCAAGAAAGCAAAUGAUCCUGUAAACUACCUGGAAAGCAAAAAAGAUGAUUUCUUCAUGAGUUUUAAGAUCUCUUGUCAAGGAGCAACCUCAAUUAAAACAUUUGUUGAUUUUCUGUGGCACAAACUCACUCCUGCUGUCUCUACCACCAUAUGGAAAAAAAUGGCCCCUAAAAUUGCUGGGGACAUGCGAGCUACCUGCCCUGCAUUCAAUGGAAACAGGGCUAACCUGGAGAAGCACAUUCUUAUCUCUCUGGCAGAAAAAGAAAGUUUUGAUAAUUACUGGCAGUACCUUCAUAAUUCAGAAUCAUUUUUUAGGAAUUACAUUGAAAAACAUAUUAAAAGAUACUGUUCAGACAAAGGAAGUGAAAAAAUAAAGACUUUUUUAAAAAUAAGUUUAGAUGACAUCAAGAAUGCCAUCCUUUCAGCUAUUCAUGAAUCCACAGCAAUAGCUAAAGAUAAGAGCAGCACUGUGUCUGGAUGGUUGGAUUUGUUCUGUGAUCACCUGGGGGCUAACUUGAUCUUUCCACGGAAAGAUUUGAUAAGCAUUGAACACCAGGAGAUAAAAGAUAUUGAGUUUCUCAAAGAAGCCAUGAGUGAAGCUUUGGAUCCUGCAAUGAAGAGAGUAGAACAGAACUGUUUGAGUAUGUCUGUCAAUGAAAUGGUUCCUGAAAUAGAGAAAAUGCUCUCUGAACAUCUCUGUGGCUGCUGGAAACAGUGUCCCUGUUGUAAAGCAAUUUGUACCAACACAAUCCAUAAACACGAAGGAGACCACAGUGUUCCCUUCCACCGUCCUCAGGCUGUCAGUGGAGGGUAUUUAUACAAAACAGACAACUUUGUCAUUGAUUACUGUACUAAUCUGGUAGCAAGUGAUUGUGUAUUGGUUUUGAGAGAUAACUGUAAAAUCCCAUAUAAGAACUAUCGACAGGCAGGAGGGGAGUAUGCCACAUGGAGCAUCACCCCAGAUUCAUCCACCCAGCCAUACUGGAAAUGGUUUGUCUGUCACUUCAGAUCAAAGCUAGAAGAAAAAUAUCAGAAAAAAUUUAUAAAUAAAGGUAAAAUCCCUGAUGCAUGGACCAAAAUCACAAAGCAGGAUGUGCUUGAUGACUUGAAAAAACAAUAAAACUCAAUGACACAAAAGAGCCCUAAUAUCUGGACAAAAGAGUCACAACACCUGAACAAUUCUAAAAUACCUCCUCCUUGCAGUGAGAAUCAUCAUCAUUUCCUUCUUUCAAAUGAAACCUCUAAAAAUAAAUCAAUUAAUAUUUCAAGA